UAAAUAAAUAAAAUUAAUUAAUUAGCUGAUGCGUGGAUAUGUGAUUGCAUUCGCAUGUGCGUGUAUGCAUGCGUGUGUACGUGCACCUUCAGGAUCCCUGUUACAUCGUCCAUUGGAGGGAAAGGUGUUGGAAUCCCCACUCUUUCUCUUUCUCUCUUCCACUCUCUACACGAGUCUUUGUAUUCAGGUGCAUUCAGGUAGCUUCAGUUUUGUCUGACAUAAUUGAUGUAAUAAAUAAAUAUAAAUCAGGUUCAAUGACAUGAAAUAAACGUAAAAGAGCUCAGCGUUGUGAAAUAAAGAAAUCUUGUUGCAAUAAUCAUUGAAGCAUGAGCGAAUCAGAAAGCAAAAGCACUUUAUUAAAAUCUAAAUGCAAGCAUUCCGACGAGCCGUAUCCCACGGACGCUUGCAACGAAGAUGAUCACGAUUGGUGGGCAAGCGACAGCGGUUCCAGCACAGGAUCAUAUUACUCGGACACUGACAGUUCUGUGGUUGAAUGGGAAUCGGAGAUCGGGCCUAGCGGAGAGGUACUUUACAUAGAAUCGGCAGAGGAAAGUUUGUUCGAGAAUACGACUGCGGACGACAAAGAUGACAGUCCUCAACCGGAGUUAACACGUCGCCGCAGUACGAGAGCUGGCAAGUUAUUCCGCCUCAUCAGACGUAAGGAAAGUAAGCGAUGGAGCACGAGAAACAAGCGGAUCAACAGUAACACUAACAUGGCUAGUAAUACAGUUGCUCAGGAGAAAACAGAUGGAAGCGGAAGCAAGGAAGUCACGUUUCGAGAUUUUCAGGCAGGAGAAAUUCGAGAGGUCACGCUGUGGGUUGAUCCUGAAAGAAGACACAAGUUGGGAAGGAGGGCAACGUUGUGCGAAGCAUACUUCGGUAUUAUGCCAGGCACAUUUUCCGACAAAGUGAGAGUUAUGGUGGCAGGAUUUAUACCGGAUGGAGAAGCCAUGAGGAACAGAAAUAUAAAAAUUGGCGACUGGUUGCGGAGCAUUAAUUCGAACAAUGUUACAUCUCAAAAUCUGGACCAGAUAUUGUCUGGAAUCAACACUCCAUCAAAUGUAACAUUAGAACUGCAAAGGGUAGCUGGUGUUGACGUUACCGCGAAAUUAUCGAGAACAAAUGAGCCAAAACAAUCAAUAUUGGCCCAGUAUCUGGUGAAUAAGGAAAAUAGCUGUCCUUUUAUGGAAUCUUUGUUGGAUUAUCCGUUGGGUGUGAUUUAUCUAAAGACUGCUGAUCUUUCGGAAAUGGGACAGGAGUUGCAAGGUGUGCUGUACACAUUUCCACGAUCCGAGAGCAGAAACGUGCAUUCCUCUUUGUGUAAAACAAGAGGAGCCUUCAUAACUCUUAAUCAUUUGUUACCUAGUAUAGCGGGUCCGCAACCUGUCAGCACAACUGUACGCGUAGGUGAGGAAGAGAUGCAUGUAGUAUACACAUCUCGCGAUGAUGAAUUGCUCUUAAUAGCUUUACCUGAUAAAUGGUGUACUUCUCAGGAGGCUGUUAAAAUUACAGACGACAUUGUCAGAACGCUAGAAUUCACUUAUCAGUCGCUGACAAAGUGCUUUACCCUCGCGACAAACCAAUCCUCCUUAGAUCAUUUUUUCACGCUAAUUAUCCAUAGAUUGACGAACACCAAAGAUUUUUGCAAAGAUGUCGAUGGAAAGAAAAAUCCACUGCGACCACUGCAAAACGGCAUUGAAAUAGAAUGUGUGGAAAAUUAUAAGUUUAGAAGCGCUUUCUCGGUCGCGAGUUUUAUACAGCUGCCGAGAGACGCGCAAGUUCAAAUAGAUGCCGCUUUAAGUGAAAUGGAAGCUAUGGAUUACAGAGACUGGAACGAGGAUCCCAUGGAUUGCCAGAGAUUGUAUACUAUACUAGGAAGCUGUAUCUAUCACAAGUGUCACCUUUUGGGCUCUCAUCUAUCUCACGAAGACUUAAUCGAUGUACAUUCAUUUCUAAGGCACAACGGUUUGUUAAAUUUGGUGAAUCAGGAACAAGUGAGGUGCCUCGUAUUAUGGAAACAGAUUUAUCCUUCAUCUUGCAAUCGCGGUAACGUUGACAGCGGCGAUAGCGGCCAGUUAUUGAUACCGAAUGGAAGGUGGUUUUUACUGGUUGUUGGAUACGGACACGAUUUAUUAGCAGUUUUAUUAGAAUCCGGAGGAUGCACUGCAAAGUAUAGCGACGCGAUAGGCCCGGAUGUAUUUUACGUGGAAGAAGCGCAAGAAACGCUGAAGCACGUACAAAAGAUAGGAGUUACAACCCUGGCCUCAAAGUGGAUUGUGUCCAACGCGAGACCGGAAGUGAUACCGUACGAGGAACACACAAUGGCAAAAGCUUCAUCCAGCAUAACGGAGAACCUGUUCGGUUUGAUAAAAUCGUCCGAUGCACAAGCUGUGCCCAAGCAAAACGUCAAUCCUCCUAGUAACAAAAAGUCACAGGAAUUACCAUCUAUCUUGAAGAAACGUAGUCCUGAAGAAAGUCCAGUGAUUUCGGGUUCUGUGUAUUCCCUACAAACGUCCGAGGAUUCGCUCAGUCAAGGAACAGGUGGUGUCAGCGAGAUGAGUGACGAGGCGAUGCCGAUACUUGGAAGACGAGCGACUAGAGAAAAGAUUAAUUCGACAGCUAGAUAUUCCGACGACAGUGACUCCGAUAUCGACAUAUACAAGAAUGACAGUCACGUGCUCACGAUGGAUAUAUCCAACAUACGAGAGAACUUGUUAAACCAGGCGGAAUACUUGAUACCAAAAAAAUUAACUGCAGGCGAUAAGAAUUACUUGUACCACUACGUUCAUUUAGACACGGUGGAAGGAAUUCUGUUGUCGUCGAUGCCUGUGCAAAGUACGUCGAAGGAUAACAGAAUCCUUGUCAAUUUCAACAAGUGCGUACACGUUAUCCACAGACUGUUGCACAAUGCAGUGAGAUUUAAGAUGCUGAACCAGGAUAUAGAUAAAACCGUUAUCAAUAGAAGUUUAAUCGCUGUCAAGGAGCACGGUGUGUUAUUCGAGUGGGAAAAUACGGCCUUUUGGGUAAUUGGACGCCUCUACACGACUCCUCAUCCAAAAGAAUUGUACGUGUGUCAUCAGGACUGCGCGCCUCAAAAUUUGAUCGAAAUAGCUUUUCAGCUACACUCAUAGCAUUCUGUGUGUUAUAUAUUUACACAA